CAUUGCUAUAAUACUAAGAAGAAAUAAUAUAACUUUUGCUUUGUUAUCUUGUUUUGGAUUCAUGCAAUAGAUCUUAGUAGGCUAAAUCGAGCGUCUUUUGUCAAAAACUAUAGUCAACUGAUAAAAUGAUCCACUGAAACGUCACACUUCUUAUAAACAUAUUAAAAAUGUUUAUUUAUUUAGUAGCUCCAGUGGCUACGUUAGUUUUUAUUUUUGGACUCUUGCACAUCAAGCGCCUAGAUAAUUGGUUACGAUCAUCGAUGCGGUGUUCGUUGACCUUGUAUAAUGGAUUGAUAUACAGAACCGCGAUCCAAGCGUCAUUAAAUAAUAGAGAUUCGGAAAGUAAUUUGACAAGUGAAAGUCCUAUGGCUGUAGUUAGUGAUAUAGAUAGAGUAGAGUAUGACGAACUAUUGGCACAAAAAACAGUAGUUAACAAUAAUGAAAGAUUACCGGAUGCCUUUUUGGAAGAAAUUGGAAACAAGUCGAAGAACUUGAAUCCACCACGAUAUUCUUUUGAAGAUAUAAUAUCAGAGGAAAGGAACAAAGAUCUUGGAUUACGUGCCAAAACACAUCAAUUAGGAGUAACGUAUGAUAAUAUUACACGAACGAGCAAACAAGAAGGGAAGGAGAAUAUAUUAGAAACAUUGAAGAAUUCCGUUGAAAAGUCCAACUAUCCGUCUUCUCGAUUAAAUAAACAAAUAUAUAAUCUGAUCUUGAAGGAAGGUCAGAAGGAAUGUGAAGCGACACAGAAAUUACUUGACAGCGAUAAUAGCAAGUUCAAUGAACCGUUACCGAUUGAAAUAAAGGAAUACCUUCCAUCAUCGUCGGAAAAAAAACUGGAUUGAAAGAUAACAUCGAUAAAUGAUCUAAAUUUAACAAUUAAAUGUUAAAAUGUAAUACGCGUCAAAAAUAAAAUUAUACCAUAGAAAAAAAUACAAUUUUAUUACUAUUUUUAUAAAAAAUUAAUAUUUUAAAUUCUUAUUCCUGUUUCCCGGUUUCGAGCAUAAUUGGCGUAAAUUGGAAGAAAGAAUCUGUCACAACCAUUUGUGAGUUGAUCAAGGUUCCCAAAUGAAACAGGAACACAGAAUAAUAAAAAAGAAGCAAGUUUAGUAACAGGAAUGUAGGGUAAUGAAGGUCAUAGACACAGACUUAAAAUAAUUAAUUAGCAAUUAAUAAGUUCAUUUAUUUGUAUUACAAUAUAGUAAUAUUGAUAUCAUUACAACAUUUAAUAAAGUGUUUAAUGUCAAAAAUAAUUAUGUUUUAAAUGUUUCUAAGACCAAUCCAUUUCUGAUACAAUUAAGCAGUACGCGUUUGCACAUAAUGAGAGAAAGC